AGAGAACCGGAGGGAGGGGACCGGACCCUGGGGCGGGGAGAGAGAGACUGUAUCGAGUCACCUCCGCUGUUGGGCGCGGGGAGUGGCAGGGAAAGCUGAGAAGCAACCCGGGGCAGCUGACACUUGGGUAUGCUGGAGGAAGGAAGCAGCAGCCUUGCAGAGGGUAGAAGCGCUCGCCAAGCGCUCCGCACCGUCUGACUCAACCGUGCGAGGGAACCACUGGGAGGUCGCUGCGCUCGGCGCUUCCCCUCCAGGGAGGAGCGAGCCUCAGCUGCCUCCGCUGCGCAUCUGUCCCCGCGUGCUUCUGUCCCCGCGCGCAUCGGUGCCGGCUCUUGGGGAGCCAGUUUCUCGCACCGCAGACUUCCCAUCCUCCGCCUUUCCUUAGCGCCUGUAAACAAUGGAUGGCAACUCCCUGCUCUCGGUACCAAGCCAUGUGGGUAGUUGAACCAAACUCUCCUAUCUGCCUCUCUGCUGCCCUGCCUGCCAAGAGACACUCGCAGGAAUCCAGCAACUCGGAGUCAACACUGAUGUAUGAAGUGUCGGAGGCGCAGCAGGGCAGCGGCAGCGGCAGCCUGGGAAGCAGCCUGGGUGGCUCCAUCACAGCCUGUAAGAAGGUCCUCCGCAGCAAUAGCUUGCUGGAGUCCACAGACUACUGGUUGCAGAAUCAGACGACGCCCUGCCAGAUUGGUUUUGUGGAAGACAAGUCUGAAAACUGUGCUUCUGUCUGCUUUGUGAACCUGGAUGUCAACAAGGAUGCAAGCAGCACAGAGCACCUGCAGCAGAAACUGGUCAAUGUUUCUCCAGAUCUUCCAAAACUUAUCAGCACCAUGAACGUCCAACAACCAAAAGAAAAUGAAAUUGUCCUCCUGAGUGGGUUAGCAUCUGGUAAUCUCCAAGCAGAUUUUGAAGUUUCACAGUGCCCUUGGCUGCCAGAUAUCUGCUUGGUCCAAUGUGCAAGAGGGAACAGACCGAACAGUACCAACUGCAUCAUCUUUGAAAUCAACAAAUUCUUGAUUGGUCUGGAACUGGUGCAGGAGCGGCAGCACCACCUGGAAACAAAUAUCUUGAAACUGGAGGAUGACACAAACUGCUCCUUGUCCUCAAUCGAGGAAGACUUUCUCACUGCCUCUGAGCACUUGGAGGAGGAAAGCGAGGUGGAAGAAUAUAAGAAUGGUUAUGAAAAUAUAAAUCUGUCAGCCAAUGCUUUGGAAAGUAAAAAGCAAAAGAGAGUCACCCAAGAGGAACGGGAUUACAACAAAGAAAAGUUGCUUUAUGCUCUGGAAGACAAAUGCAUUAACAAAUAUUCACCUUUUAUUAAAACAGAAGGAUGUCUGGAAAAGGUAGCAGAGAACACAGGUUUUCAGAGUCUAGAUCUUUCCACCAAGCCAUCCCAGUGGAAGGGUGAAGCUAUUGGGAAUGAGCAACCAGCUACCAAUUAUUAUUAUUCAGAACAUUGUAAAGGUCAAGUAGAAAAACCUCAGGCAUUGUGUAUUCAAAGUGAUGCUUAUUUCUCCAUGAUGGUUAAGAAAGAUGGACCUUCUGCAUAUGGUAUUGUCACUGAACAUGGCAACAGCCUAGAUCCAGGAGAUCAUGAAGGUCCAAGAAACUCACUUCCUCCUAUCCAAGAUGGAGAAGCCACAACUGGCGAGUAUGCUACAAAUUUAGCAGAAUCUGUGCUACAAGAUGCAUUUAUCAGAUUAUCUCAGUCUCAACCUACACCAGCCCAGGAAUCUGCAGUCAGUGUUUCUGUAGGAAGUGCUCUGCUUCCCACUAGCUGCUCAACAAAAGAUGUAGUUGUCCCUCGGUCAUGGGACGAGCUCCCCAAAAUCGUCAUAAUGCAGAGUCCAGAAGGCAGUGAUGCUGGCCCUGAACCAGGCAUCUCUUCCUGGCCUGAGAUGGAGGUCUCUAUGGAAGCCGCAGGUGUCCUACCUGGAGAGGACCCCAGCAGACACCCUCAGAGUGCUGUAGAAGUAGCACUCGCCUGUGCAGCCACUGUGAUUGGAACCAUCUCCAGUCCACAGGCCACGGAAAGGUUCACAAUGGAACAGGAAUCCCUGGUAGCAAACUGUGCCCUGGGAGGCAAUGGAGCACUUCAAGAGCAGGCAUCUCAAGGACUCAAGGAGUCUUCCAUCAGUGAAUACUCCUUUCCAUCAGCUUUGUGUGGCAUGACUCAGGUGGCAAGUGCCGUAGCUGUCUGUGGUUUAGGUGAAAGGGAAGAAGUGACCUGUCCUGUAUCCCCAAGUAGCUUCUUGCCUGCAACAGAAGAUGCAGGAGCAAUCCCUCCACUUUGUAGUUCAUCAACAGAGAGGAAUGUGGAGGUGGAGAAGGAAGCCAUUGCAGAGGCUUUGCUCACAGAGGCCGCUCUGGUUUUAACUAGGCCACAGACCUACAGCAGCAUUGGUGACCUCAUGGAAUCUGUGAACAGGAGCAUCGUGGAAUCUGCUUCAAAGUCUCAGAUGCUGUGCUCAGAAAAUAUCCUGAGGAAUGAACUGACACAGACCCUGUCCAAUGUUAUUCUGAAGCAUUCCAUUGAUGAAGUUCACCAGAAAAAUAAAAUAACCCACCCCAACGAUGGCAGGCUUUCAUCUGAAACACUGGACGCCUUAAUGGAAAGCACAAAUCGACUGCUCCACAGUGUGAUAUGCUGCACGUUCAAGAAGAUGAACCAGAUAGUGCAGCUUGGUCAGUGUCCUCCUGUCCUUUCUAAGGAGACCAUCAGAUGGAGGGAAAUGGAACCCCUAAGCUAUCAGCCAUUUGAUCAGGUUGCUGGUCAAGCAGGCACAAAAGACACAGAAUAUGCCAGUGACCAUCCACUUAGCAAUGCACAAAGCACUAGUCUUGUCGCCAGUGAUAUUAUGGACCUGAAGCAAGACAAGAGCCGAGUGAGGGCGGGCCUAAUGGAGAACCCCACACUGCAAUUUGAACUGUCCUGUAGUCGCAGAGUGCUGGACUCUACAACAGCUAAAACAUCCUCCAAGGAAAUGUGUAUAGAAGGAACAGUGGGAGAAGACACAAAGGAGCUCCAUCAGCCACCCAGGCACAAAGAGAAGGAACGCAGAGCCUCUUUCCAAGCAGAAAAGCUACCCACAGUGGACAAGUGUAGAAGCAGCUCCCAGGAUGCGGAGGACAGUAUCAAUCCAAACACCCAAGAGAAGUACAGUAGUGUCUUGCCCCUAAAUAAUGAAGUUCAAGUUCACCUGUCCUUGUUAGGGGACGAGUUGGCGCUUCCUGCUCAAUCCACAAAGCAGGCAGAGGACUACUGCAUUACAGACUUUGCAGAAGAAUUAGCAGAGACGGUUGUCUCCAUGGCAACUGAAAUCGCAGCAAUCUGUCUUGACAACUCCUAUGGAAAACAACCCUGGUUUUGCGCAUGGAAAAGAGGGAAUGAGUUUCUGGUGACCCCGAAUGUAUCCUGCCGACCCUUGAAGAGGAAGAAGGAAAGCCAGGGAGGUAGUAGCGGCUUGAGGAAGCACAAGCCUCCUCGGCUCAGUGAGAUCAAGCGGAAAACGGAUGAGCACCCCGAGCUUAAAGAGAAGCUGAUGAACAGGGUGGUGGAUGAGUCUAUGAACCUCGAGGACAUCCCCGAUUCAGUCACUAUUUUUGCAAACGAAGUGGCAGCCAAGAUCAUGAGCCUAACGGAGUUCUCCAUGGUGGACGGUGUGUGGCAAGCCCAGAGCUAUUCCCGGAAUCGGUUACUGGGUGGCGACAGGUGGAACAGGCUGAAGGCCUCUAGCUGUGAAAGCAUUCCGGAGGAGGACUCUGAGGCCAGGGCCUAUGCCAACAGCCUGGGAUUAACGAGCACCUUAAGCCAGCCGGUCAGCAGGGCCAGCUCGGUCUCCAAGCAGUCGAGCUGCGAGAGCAUCACUGAUGAGUUUUCCAGGUUCAUGGUCAACCAGAUGGAAAACGAAGGGUGGGGAUUUGAGUUGCUGCUGGAUUACUAUGCGGGCAAGAACGCCAGCAGCAUUCUGAGCUCGGCGAUGCAACAGGCAUGCAGGAAGAACGACCACCUUAGCGUGAGGCCGAACUGCCCCUCUAAGCAGUCCAGCACCGAGAGCAUAACUGAGGAGUUCUACAGGUACAUGCUGAGGGACAUGGAAAGAGAAAGCAGAGACGGUGCCUCCUCCAGAAGAAGCAGCCAGGAUUGGACGUCAGGUUUACUGUCUCCCCCUGCACGAUCCCUUCUGUGUUACAGACAGUCGUCCAUGCCAGAUACCAGGUCCCCCUGUGCCAGGUUAACAGUGAAUGCGCCAGUCAAAGCCAACUCCUUAGAUGGCUUUGCCCAAAACUGCCCACAGGAUUUCACAAGCGUACAGCCCGUCAGCGGAGCUUCCUCCUCGGGUCUCUGCAAAUCUGACUCUUGCUUGUAUCGAAGAGGAGGGACUGACCAGAUCACAAACAUGUUGAUUCAUGAAACGUGGGCGAACUCAAUUGAGGCUCUCAUGAGAAAGAACAAAAUUUUCAUAGAUGAUGCAGAGGGGGCUGAAGCCGGUCCUAAUCCCCGGGGCUCUCCUUUGCAAGGGGAGAAGUGUGCAGACAGAAUAGCUGCCGGCAGAGUGCACAGCGGGCCACCUUUGCUUGUUCAGGAGUCUGUAGAUUGCCGGAGGAAGGACUCUGUUACCGAGAGCAAACAUCCCUCCGUGUCUUCUCCAAGCAAAACCGCUCCUCUUAAGAACCAGGUUGGCUUAGAUUGUGCAAAGAAAACUUCCUCAUGCUGUGGCGCUGGCCCUCUAAAUCACACCUGGAGGUCAUUAUGCUCAAGGGACGUGCCUUUGAUUCAGAUUGAAACAGAGCAGAGAGAAGAGGAUAUCAGAGAACCUGAAGGAGAACCUGAAUGCUUCCUAUCCGAAAGUGGCUCCCCACAGGAAGCAGAAGAGCAUUUGAGUCAAGACAAAGUCCCUGAUGUGGCCAGAGGUGGAGAUACAGCUGUGAGCACCUGCCAAAACCCUGGUGACAGUCUUGAUGCCAGAGAUGUACCAGGGGCUGAAGUCUCGGCAGAAGCCAGAGCCCCCGAUGAGUUCCACAACCCUCCCAGCAGCAGCGAGGAGAGUACAGGCAGCUGGUCCCAGCUGGCCAACGAGGAGGACAACCCAGAUGACACAAGUAGCUUCCUGCAGCUCAGUGAGCGAUCCAUGAGCAAUGGCAACAGUAGUGCCACUAGCAGUCUUGGCAUUAUGGAGCUGGACAUUUAUCAGGAAAGCAUACCAUCUUCUCCCAUGAUUAAUGAAUUAGUAGAAGAAAAGGAGAUUCUUAAAGAACAGUCUGAGAGCAUAAAGGAACAGGCACCUGGAAUGGCAGUGAGAGCCACCAGUCGCCAGAGGAGCCUGCUGGUGAUCAACUUCGACCUGGAGCCAGAGUGUCCUGAUGCUGAGCUUAGAGCCACUCUGCAAUGGAUAGCUGCCUCAGAAUUGGGAAUUCCCACAAUCUACUUUAAGAAAUCUCAGGAAACCCAGAUUGAAAAGUUUCUAGAUGUCGUGCGGCUGGUCCAUCAGAAGUCCUGGAAGGUGGGAGAUAUCUUUCACGCAGUUGUCCAGUACUGCAAAAUGCAUGAGGAGCAAAAAGAAGGGACCCCAAGUCUCUUUGACUGGCUCCUGGAACUAGGAUAAGGCAGCUUUGCCCUGGAGAAUGUCCUUCCUUUGUCCUGGCAUAGAUCACAGUGGUUUGCUCUAAACACUCUGAACUUUCUCAAAACAUCACAUCUCAUUAGCAGAACUAUAAGGCAUGUACGGCUCAAGUCCACUGGACAUGGAAUAAAUUUGAAGGAAAGCAAAAUAAAAGUCUACAAAUCAAUACAACCUGUUUGGAUUAUCAAAAGAGCUUGUGUUGGAAGAGCCGGAAGAGACAUUCCAGUGGGGCCCAAGUUAGAAAGCUCAUGAUCAGGCCCAAGAUAUGGCUGGACUCACAUAGGUUUAAUAAUGUAAAAUGAGAUGUCAUGUCUCCAAUUAUAUGAAUCAACAGGAAACAAACUCACUGGUUAAAAUAAUUUUAUAAACUAUGCUAUAAAGUUCAUUUUACUUUUCAGAACAGACUGAGGGGUUGAUAGCCCAGAGAGACACUUAGAAUAUGCAGGAGAAAUGCCCAGACUUUGUAUAAAUAAUUUCCACUUUAAGAACAUUAUCAGUGGAUAAUAACAGGAAUGAAACAGUGUCCUCCACUGAGGCGAUUUCAUGUAUUCACUGCAAUCCACUAAUAAACUUCCCACUUUUUGCCAACAAUCUCUGGGUUCCUGGCUAACCAGAAAACUGGUGGCAUUCAACUAGACAGAGGAAGACUGAAUACUGCCUUGGUCCCAUUACUGCUUAACUUGGGUAAAAAUUAUUGUAGAAUUCUUCAUCUAAGGGAAAGCUUUCUUACUUAAAAGAAAAGGAAAUAGUUCUUUGAGAUAAAAUCUGCUUAUGCUUUGGAUUAUAUGAAAUAUAAACUUUUGAUUUAUUUUUAUUGUAAAUUAUGGAGAGAUUAUUAUCUUAAAUAAUAUAUUGAGUAGUUAAGAGGUUUGGAAACCAUGAAGAGAUUGUCUGAAAUCAUAUAUUGGCAUUGAGCUCAGGGUUUGUGUUCUGAACGUGGAGGGACGUGUGUGGCUGCCUAUUCUUCCAAGGACUUUAUAGGGUUGGAGUCAGGGUAACAACCUUGUGUUGACCUGACCUUGUAGGUGGGAUUUCAGACUUCUGACUCAGUGAUAAUGGCACUCAGUUUGAGAAAAAAAGGAUUUGUCACAUUUUAAAUAUUUUAAUAACAGAGAUUUACUCUUGUGAAAACUAAAGUUAUCUAACAUCUCGCUACAUCUUUUCUCCCAACUAAAUAAGCUACCUUUUACUUUCUUGAUCAAAGAGUUGUUUAAUAAGAAUCUUCUGAAAUACUCUGCUUUUACUGUGUUUUUAGACUGAGAAGUCAUUUUGAAUCUGAACAAGGCCAUAUGCCAUCAUGCUGGCCUUACCAUAUCUAGCGCUCCCAUCUUGAAAUGCCAGGAAGGCUUCCUGUAAGCCAUACUCCCCACCCCACCACCACCGUCGAUGCCAGGAGUCUUUCUGAGGGCUCACUGGGCAUUUAUUACACAAAUGGUCCAAAUUUAGGUUGUAUGUUUAGUUUGAUACAUUAACCAAAUUUUAAAAUCCAUCCAUUAUCUCAAACUGAAAUGUGCUUCUUUGUGCUACUAAAUGGAAACUGAUAGAUUUAUUUUUUAAACAAUCCCAGAAUAUUGUAUGUAGAUGUUUGUUGUGCUUGAAUAAAUGUUUACUUACCCUACAAAGCACAAAUACUGGAUUGUAACCAUGUGAUGAAGUUAUAUAUGUUGUACUAAUGUUGCAAACUAAUCAAUAAAUUUCUGUUGCCAAACUUUCAA